AUUUGUGUAAUAAGCUAUAUUUUUAAAAUGUGGAUGCAAAAUAUGUUUUGAAAUAUGCCAAAAUACCUUGCAAAGGAUUACCUAAAUCAGUAUGUUCAACAUAGCGCUGAUUUUUUGAGAUAUAUGUUAUUAAAUACUACAAAUGAAUUUGAAUAUCCAUUGAGCUUUAUUGAUGACAAUGCAUUCUAUGUUGUUACUGAAGCUACAACUUUGUCUAAAGAGCUUUUUACAGAAGAAAAUAAUAUUCACAUUUCGACUGGUAAUUUUAAAUUUCAUGUUGAGAAUUAUGAAGAUUGUCCUGAACAUCAAAACAUUGUGCAGAUUGAUUCAGAUCUUGAUUGCGAAAUCAAUAGUAGUUAUGGCAGUUCUAUUGAUGGAAUCAGUGCUAGCAUUAAAAGUGAAGUUUUAAAAAGCAUACUUGUACCAACUCUUUGUUCAAAGGAAUUAAAUUUAUCAAAACUCUUACUUGAAGAAAUUGAAUAUGGAAUUGAAAAUCAUUCAUCAGCAUCUUUGUUAUCUCUUAUUUCAUGUUUGCGACCUGUUAAAGUUUUAGACCCGUUUACAUUGCCUUAUUUCACUGGAUUAUCUAAGUUAGUAUUAGAGUUUGUUCCAUCAGAAAGCUUUGAUCAAGUUUCAAAAGAAGUUUUGAAGUUUGAGAAAGAUUUGUUGUCAGAGAAUGGUGACAUGUUUCUUUGUGAAAAUUAUAUUAUGGAAAAUAUGUUUGAAGAUCCUUUGCUUGAUCUAAAAAAUUACUUGAAUAGUAUACUUGAUGUUUCAGUAACUGUUUCAGAAGAUACUUUAAAAUGGUUCUACUCAGAUUUAUUUGCAUAUAAUUGUUCGAUGUUCGAGUUGUUCGAUGGAGAAAUUAAUAUCACCACAGAUAGUAUGAAGCCAAUGAAAAUACAAACUUCAGUUAAUAAAAAUUUAGAAUCCCCAUUAUCAGAUGUUGAAAGUGUCUACGGAAGUUUUAUGGAGCUUCCUGAUAUGAAUCUACAUGCAGAAAAUUUAAUGAUUGAUGUUUUAAAUAUUUUGACACCAAAGUCAAAAUUGAAAGCAGAAAAGAGUUUGAGAGAUGCAGAUAAAAGAUAUGAUGAAAAGUUAUUGCUGCUACUACCAGUGCUGGAGGAACCUGUGUUUCAAAGUGAAACAUUUUCUUUACCUCCUGUAAAGUAUUUCAAAGAAAGCAAAUUAAACGAUGAUAGUCUUGAGUGGGAUCCAUUGUUUAAUUUUGGUAGAGAAAUGAAGUUAGCUGAAGAAUCUCUUGUUACAACUCUGAACAGUGAAACACUAUCAAAUAUCUUCACUUUCACAUUUAGUAAAGAGAUUAUUCCAAAUGAUGAUGAGGAGAAUGUAAUUGACUGGAUGUUUGCUGGAAGAAAGUUUUUAACUUUGCAGCACUUAACAUUUCAGAGUGAAAAUAUCAAAUAUACUAAUGAUGUAAAAAACAAUGCAAUGGACCUUGUUACUAAAAAAGCUAAUAUAAUUGACUUUAAUACCAAUGAAGGCAAUUCGAUAGACUUUAAUAAGAAGGAAGAAAAUAAACUCUCUUUUACAAAGUAUCUAAAAAUUAAAAAACCAGAAACAACAAAAGGUGAAGUUAAAAUGAUGUGUACUUCACCUAAAGUGUAUCAAUCACCAUUAGAUUCUUUUAUGAUGUUACGAACUGGACGAUUUGAUCCUUUGCCAUCAACAAAGAAGGUAAAGGCAUUUGUAAAACCAGCUCUAUGUACAGUAAGUGCAGUUAAAGUUCAACCUAUGUCUAUUGAGUGUAAUAAUUCGAUUAACCAAAGAAACAUAAACAAUUCUGAACAUAUAGCCCAGCAUAAUGUUUCAAAUUGUGAAGCUAAACAUAAUUCUAAAUCACAUCAGUUGAAAGACAAUUGUAAUUUAGAUAUUACUUGUCCAAAAAAUUCACUUUCUCAUCAAACAUCUGCUGUUGCAUCACUAAACACAAAUGCCACUUUAAUUUUAGAUGUUUUUUUAUCAUCAGAGUAUAUAUCAAUACUUAAUACUUUGGAGCGUGAAUCAUGGUCAAUUUUACUAGAUUUAAAAAAUUUGCAUCUCAUCGGCAAGUCUAUGAAUUUUUUUAAUAUAUCACCGGAUUUUUCACGCUUUCUUUUGAAACAAGAAGAGCAGAAGGUUGAAAAAGACUUACAUAUUUUCAGCAUUGUUUGUACUUUGCAUGGAUUAGUUCAAGCUGCAAAUUUAAUUGCUAAUUGCAGUGUUGAAGUUGCUUGUGGUUUUCUAAAAGUAUUUGGACAGGAAAAAAAAGCCAUCUUAAUGAACAAUUUAGACCAUUUACAAAUAAAGUUAGCAAAAUUUCACUUCCAGAAUGAAAAGGCAAACAAUUUUCACCCUAAGUUUAUUUCAAUUCAUAAGCUUAUUGUCAAUUGGUUAAAAAAUGAUUUGAAUAGUAAAAUUAUCAUUCUUUUUCAUCGUUACUACGAAAACCUAUCUCAUUGUCUAAAAGCUUUUCUUGGUACUGACAAGGCUCUUAAUGUUAACUUAUAUCCACAACAAAAUAUAUGUGAAGAGGAUUAUAUUAGCACAUUCUUGAAUGCAAAUGUUAUUUUAGCUGCUGAAAAUGAAGAUAUGCUUACUUGUCCUUGGCAAUAUUUUCAGUUUGUCAUUCAGUUUGAACAUCGAUUAGAAUCACAAUGGCAUGACUUGAUCUUUGAAAGUAAUCCAGAGCUUCAACAAUUUGUUUCCUUAAAUGUUUUAACUAAUUCAUCUCAAGAAAGUAGCCUAUGCAAUGGUAUAGUUGAAAUGAAUAGUUACAUGAAUCAUGGCUACAAAAAGAAAGACAAACUAUCUAAUCUUGCUGAUCCCAUCUCAAUAUAUACUCAACAUUAUGUACUUUGUUGUAACAAUGUUGUAAAAAAUAAUGAACUUCUCAUCGCACUUGAAAGUAAAGAAAAUCUAAUUGUUGUCACCAAAGAUUACUCAAAACUUAAAUGUGUCACAGAUUUUUGUUUUCAUCCCGACAUAUUAAUAGAUGAGCGAACAGGGAUUCUUAUUUUAAAUGCAAAUGAUCUCACUUGUGUUAUGCAAGUUGAUUUUAAAAUUCUAUCAAUGGCAUUAAAGUGUUCUGUGUUCCAUGUUAUUUUAACUAGCUAUUUAAAUGAUGUGUUGGAUUCCACUAACAUUUGCCCUCAAAUUGUCGUGAUGAUUGCAAAAGUUAUGGAGCAGUUUAAAGUAACAGUAAAACUUCAUUAUGUGUUUUCCGUUCAACAGUUUGCUUCACUUGUACGUUUAUUAUGUGAUAAUGCCAAACAAAUUUCUACAGUUUGGGAUAAAGAACAAUGGUUAUCAAGACAAUGGCUGAGAGAAGAUAUUUCUAAGGAAGAAGAGUUUUUACUUUCCUUUCCAUUUAUAAAUUCAUUUUGUGCUCAGAUAAUAGUUAAAGCUGUUGAUUCGCUCUCAGAUUUGAUGAAAUAUUCCUUACAUGAAUUACGAGUUUUGCUCAAGUGUAUUCCUCAACGUAUUAUAGAGGCGUUUUACAAUGCAAGUCAUAAUGUUGAGGAAUUUUUUCAUCAACCUGAAUUCAUUGUUCAAAAAAGUUUAACCACCACCAACAUUUUUGCUUCAAAUGAUAGAAAAAUCAACUUAUUAGACAAUAAUAAUAUAUCUUUAUUAUUUGACACUCCGGUUAGUAAUGAAAUAAGUAAAAAUUGCAAAGAAAACAACUCACAAACAGAGAUGCCACAAGAAAACACAUCUCAAACGAGAAAAAAUAAUAGUGUAACAUUAGAGCAAUCAAGCAAUCAUCAGAAAUCGCUAUUCAAUUCUAGACCAGACUCUCAGUUUAAUUAUCAGUUGCCACAUGAAAUAAAGUACCUGCAACAUGAAAUAAAUAAACAGCCACACAAAAUAAAUUACAAACAAGAUGAAAUAAAACACAUGCAACAUAAAGGAAAUGAACUACCACAUAAUUUAAAUCACCUCACACAUGGAAUAAGUUACCUUCCACAUCAAGUAGUUGACUUGCCACAAGAAAUAAAUCACUUGCAACAUAAAACUAAACACCUUGAUGCAAAAUACAUGUCACAAGAAAUAAAUUAUCAUCAUUAUGAGAUAAAUCCAGUGACUUUUAAAAAUUCUCAAUGUUUGAAGGAAAAAAAGUCUCAGCCUGCUGAAAAAAAAUUUACUUUUUUUGAAACGCCCUACACUAAUGAAACUCAAACUAAUGAUUUUAAAAAACUUGGUUCGAAUUGGAGCGUGAACUGGAAUACAAGUGAGAAUGAUAGUUUUAAAAGUGACGAUGACAGUCAAAGUGCAGCUGAUGCAUCACAAAUAUGUAAAUUGAAACCUAGUCAAAAGGAUUUAAUUAACAGCGAAAGAAAAUUAAAACAACAAAAUGAGAAAUUUACAAACAAAGCGGAAGAUUAUAAUUCUCAUUUUUUCUCUUUUAAUUUAACUUCUCCACAGUCAGACAGCAAUUUCUUAAAACUUUUUAAAACUCCUUCACAGUCAGACAGCAAUUUUUAUAAAGUAAAUUCACAAAUGCAUUCACAAAAUUCAUUUUUAAAUUCAUCACUAUAUAGUUCAAAAAAUCAGACAACUGCUGAGAGUUUCAAGCAAAAUUCAAAAGAAAAUUGUAUAUCUAUUAAAAAUUUUAAUUCUUGUAAACCAUUAUGGAGACAGCCAUUAAAUCAGUGUAACAACUCCCGUAAUGUUCCCAGACAGGCAGUGAAAGCCAUUCAAGUACAUAGAAGCCAAAUAAGCAACUUUAAUGAAGUUGAUUUUUGUAAAUCUUCCAAAUUAAAUUCAAAAGAUUAUAUCAAUAGGAAACAUACUGCAAGUCAACCUUUUAGCAUGAUACCCCAAGAGAAUUCAUCUAGUUUUCUCAAUUCUGAUGAAGAAAUUUCUUAUUUAAAAACAAAGAAACGCAAGCUAUCAUACGAAAGAGUUCCUGGUGCAACAAAUGGUCAGACAAGACUAACUUUUCUUUAAAGUUUCAUAAAAAAUAUUUUAGUUACUAAGUUAUAAUGUUCACUUUUUAUCAUGCUUUUAAUCAAAGAUUCAUGUUAAUAUGCAGCUGCGAAGUUAAUUUUUGUAUCUGUGUUGGUUUGAUAAUGUUUCAUAAAAGUUAGCAGGUUUUUCAAAAUUUAAUUUUUGUUUAUGUCAAUUUUAGACUGUAAAUAUU